CAUUCUCCUCCUCUCUUCUUCUCUGCCUCUCACCGUGUAUUGUUGGACUCACCUCGUUCAACUGAAGCCGCUUUCAUUAAGGAAAAAUUAACUAGUCUACUAUUUGAUCUUUCUGGGUAACUGAAAAGAAACUGCUCUGGAUUUGCAGUUACACUUACUGAAUAUUGUGCUGCAACUAAGCUGGCUCUGCAUGGCUUUUCCUAUGAAGCAGUCCACUCUUCUGAUAUAGAUGUUUCAUCUCUCUCAACAUGACAAGUUCUCAGGUAUUCUGCUGUUGAUGAACUUCCUGCACACCUGCAGUGACAAGAAAACACUGAAGAAGUGGUUCUUCAUCGACAAGACAGUAGGCUGAAAGAGAGAUCGACCACCAUACUUGACCACAGAUCUUUUCCUGAUCGAUUCGACCCAAUGGAUUUGAGCAACGGCUCACCGGUCAUUACCGAUCCGAUAGCAAUAGGCCAGCAGUUAAUGGGAGUCCUGCCAUCGAACAUGAUGCCGUUUUCAGUCAUGCCCGGAGGCUACUCCAGCUCUGGCAACGCCGGCGUAAGCGUCAGCAGGCGCAAGAUCGAGGAGGUCCUUGUCAACGGGCUGCUGGAUGCGAUGAAGUCCUCGUCGCCACGUAAGAAGCACAACAUAGUCUUCGGCCAGGAAAACUUGCCUGAAGAAGAUCCUGCCUACAGUGCAUGGAUGCAGGCGAAGUGCCCUUCUGCUCUGGCUUCCUUCAAGCAGAUCGUAGCAAGCGCACAAGGCAAAAAGAUUGCCGUGUUCUUGGAUUAUGAUGGCACCCUUUCACCGAUCGUCGACGAUCCCGACAAAGCCGAGAUGUCCCCUGUGAUGAGAGCUGCUGUUAGAAACGUUGCCAAGCAGUUCCCUGCUGCAAUUGUCAGUGGAAGAUCCCGGAAGAAGGUGCUUGAAUUUGUCAAACUGAAAGAACUCUGCUACGCUGGAAGCCAUGGGAUGGACAUAAUGACAUCUUCAACAAAUUAUAAACACAACACAGAGAAGGGUAAAGAAGCCAAUCUUUUCCAACCUGCACGUGAGUUUCUGCCUAUGAUCGAUGAGGUUUCCAAGUCUCUCUUGGAAGUUACAAGCGGAAUCGAAGGCGCGAGCGUUGAGAACAACAAGUUCUGCGUGUCUGUUCAUUACCGCAACGUAGCCGAGAAGGACUGGAAACUGGUCGCACGGCUCGUAAACGAAGUGCUGGAGGAUUUCCCCCGUCUCAAAGUGACCAAUGGACGAAUGGUUUUAGAGGUUCGUCCAGUGAUCGACUGGGACAAGGGGAAGGCCGUCGAGUUUCUGCUUCAGUCGCUCGGGCUAAGUGACUCCGAAGACGUGAUCCCUAUCUACAUCGGAGACGAUCGAACUGACGAAGAUGCUUUCAAGGUGCUCCGGGAGAGGAACUGUGGAUACGGAAUACUGGUUUCGCAGGUGCCCAAAGAAACUGAAGCCUUCUACUCCCUCAGAGACCCAUCUGAAGUGAUGGAGUUCCUGAAUUCCUUGGUGAGAUGGAAGAAGCACUCGAUAUGAAAAACAAAUAGUAACUGUAGUUUCUGAUGCGACAAUUUUGCAGCGUUGGAAACCGUAGCUAGAGUCGAAAUAUGUUGCUGUCCCCUUGUUAAUUCGUUCUGAUCCAUUGAUAUUCUUGUACUCCUAGUCAUGUUCUUUGCCACUGAAAAAUAUGAUCAGUGGCUGCGUCGGUCUCUUGACGUUGUAAUUCGCAAGCAAGAUAGGCCUUUGUCCUUGCAUCCAAUUCUGAUGAAUAAACCGGAACCUCACUUUCCUGUCC